UCGCGUUGUGUGCAGCCUCGAGCCAUGCUUAGGACGGAAAGAGCUGAUCCAAUAGGUACCGAUGUAUAAGAACAUCAGCGCACACUGGUAUCCGUUCACAUGUCGGACUGCGCAGGCCUCGGAUCUGCACGAAGAGCCGACCGAGGACCUAUGGAUAUCCUUCUGGCCACAGCGCGACACGCCCAUGACGGCGUUCCAGCGCAUACAUAAAGUGCGUUCUCUUGGAGCGGGCUAUUUUAUUAUGCUUCUAUGAGUUCGUCGUCGUCUCUAGACACUGCCGAGAUGCAAUUCGAGGCGUACCUCUUCGAUCCGAGACCCAAAUACCCUCUUCUCAUUCCAGCCAAACGUUAUUGGCAUCCUAGCCUCUGCUCAAAUGACCCAGAAGCCCUUACCCUUAUCUGUAUUCACCCUGCGGGCCAGUAUAAAGAGCUAUGGGAGCCAACCUUGCGACAUAUGUUCAGCCUGAUGUCGUCAGGGUUGACUACGGACAUUAAGGUUCGCGAAGCGUGGGCGAUCGACGCGCCAAACCAUGGGGACUCGGCCAUCGCGAACGAGUAUCUGUUCACCGGAUACCCCUCGUCGUGUUACUGGGAAGAUUAUACGAGGAGCCUUCACGUUUUCCUGGCUGGUCUGGGUACCGGCGUCGAUAUCGACUUUCGGAAGAGAAAUUUAGUAGGAAUUGGAGUCUCCGCUGGUUGCGUCCCUCUAGUACUGAUAGAUACGUAUAUUCCUACAGUCGAAUUUUCCUCCCUUAUCCUUGCGGAACCUAUGAUUCUCUCCCCCUUACAAGCUGGAAACCUCGCUUUCGACAUGUCCUCCGGCGCUGCACGGCGACAAUACAAGUGGAAGAGCCGUGUAGAGGCUCUGAGACACAUGCGCGCCAACCGCCGGCUCCGGACGUGGGCUCCAGAGGUACAGGUAUCAUACGUUGAAAACGCCCUCCGCGACUUACCUACGGCGCUCUAUCCGGAAGAGCGAGAAGGCGUAACGCUGAAAUGCCCACGCGAGUACGAAGCGGCCGGGUAUCGCGAAUUCCAAGGGAUAGUACGCGCGUACGAUUACCUCCGUUUCGUCUGCUUGCUACUCCCAGUCCACUUCAUAUUCGGGGCGCAACCAGACUUGAUACCUGAAUCAUUCCAUGCGGAUAUGCUCCGGGUUGCAGCAGAAGGACGAUAUGCGUCGAUGUAUAGAGUGCAAGGAUCAGGCCACAUGAUCAUUCAGCAACAGCCCGCGGGGCUAGCAGCGGCCGUCCUCCGAUGCCUUCAAAAUAAUAUAUCCCGAAGUCUCAUAAUUCCACGAGACGAGAGCAGAUUGUGAAACAGUAUUUGUAGGAGGCGCGGAGCGGGGGUAGCAUUGUAUUGACUUGAAAUGAAAGUCGCUACGUCACCUUGAUACCCACGAACCUUAGCUGGC